AUGAACUCCAUCUCCGUCACCCCGGACCGAGCGUCAGGGGCGCUCAACACCCCCGACUCAGACCCUACACCAGCGUCACCCGGCCGUCGGCCCAAGAUCAAGUCGACCGCCUGCAACCGCUGCCAUGCCCGCAAGGUUAAGUGCUCCGGCGGCCGACCUUGCGAGAACUGUCGUCAGGCGAGCAAGGCCGUCGACUGUAGUUAUCCCCGGCGCAAUCGACAGGUCAAGGAAAACAAGCGGCUCAAGGGCCUGCUCGAUGACACGACGAACCCCAAUGCCAGCUCGCUCUCGGCGCUUUCGGUCAGCACGGCCCCGUCGCCACGCCGGGACCUGGACGUGCUUGACAGCCCCGAUGUGGCGCGCAACAACACGAGCAACAUCAUGCUCGAGGUUCGGCCCUGGUUCGUCCCAUCGACCGACCAGCAGACCCCCAUUCUCAUCGGCGAGGUGCCGGAUGCCUCGUUUUCGACUCGCUUUCGGCAGGCCAUCUCGGCGCCGCAUGAGCAGCCGUAUAAGCACAUUCCUCGGACGGCCUUCGCCACCGACGAGCGCAUUGCUUGCCUGACCGAGUCUGAAUGCGCGUGGCCGAGUCCUUCGCGCGCACGAUUUCUCGUUGAGGUCGCCCUGCGCUACGUCAGCCGAUGUUACCACAUUGUGCGACGCAGUGUGGUAAUGGAUGCACUCGAGCACAGCAUCCACAAUCCGGCCUGGGGUGAGUCGCUCAUUCGGUGUAAGCUCUGGGGUCUGUUCGCCAUUGGCGAGUUGUAUUCGGCGCGAUCGAUCGCGCCGGGCAAAGACUUUCCUGGGUUGCCUCGUUCUACUCCCUUCGCCCUCAACAGGCGAUACACCUCCUACAUCCUGGCGGGGCAUGGCCGUGGGCAUGGCGGUCCUCAUCGGGGCUGCACCUCAACAUCCCGGCCGCACAACUUACCGGAUGCCGCGGUCCGUGAGCAACGCAACCGGCUCUGGGCGACGACUUGCAUUUUCGAUCGCAUGUGGGCUUCCAAGCUGGGCCAGCCCGGCAGCCCAUCGGGCGACCGCGACAUCAUGGUCGAUCCUCCCUCGAACGCCAGCGUCGACGCUGCUGUCGCUGGCGACUUUGGUGACUGCGCGUAUUACAUUGCCAGCUCGCGUCUCGCCAGCAUCACCAGCACCAUGGUUCGGUGCAUCUACAACACGCGGGAUCAGAGCACCACGCUCUCGAGCCGCGUGCAGCAGACGCUCAAGGACCUUCGUGAGUGGGUGCAAGAGCUGCCGAGCCACCUUCAUCUCGAUGCGGCGCCGCACAGCGAGGCGGCGUACAAGCCAACGCCUCUUCAUCUGUCGUUCAACCAGUCGGCGAUCCUGGCGACGAGGCCCAUCCUACUGCAUGUACUGAAGACGCACGCUGCCGCAUGGCCGGCGCCGGCUGGCGCGAUGCCCGUGCCGGCGUCGGCCAUGACGAUCGUGGCUGCUUGCGUACGAUGCGCUCGCCACUCUCUGCAUCUGUUGACAGAGUGCUGGAUCGACGGCUCGUUCGCGACGUUUGACUACUUCUACACUUCGUAUCUCUUCUCGGCGUUGACAGUGCUCGCCGUGUCGAGCCUUCUCGACGGGCCCGACGCUGCCGCCGAUCGAGAGCAGUUUGAUUCGGCGUCUGGGUUGCUGGCGCAGCUAGCGGAUGGUGGCAACUUUGCAGCGAAAGAGGACAUGAAGCACGUGGAUGCCAUGAAGGCGGCCGUCACGGCGGCUGCAUCGAAGAAGAGAGGCGUCGUGGGUCUCGAGGCCACAACGGGCCUCGGUGAUUUCGCCAGCGUCAUGUCGCCCGCGGCGUGGGCGUCCUCGACGACGACGACGACGGCGGUCCAGGGUAUGGCGACGGCCGGCAUGGCACUGACGGAGCCCUCACUGCAGGAGCUGCUGGCCGAGCCGUUCCUCGACAUGCAGUUCAUUGACGCGUCGGUGUAUGACGAUUAUUCGCAGGGGCUCUACUGGCCCGACUUUAGCACCGAGAACUGGACGCCGGAGACCUGGGUUCCCGGCAGUUGA